AAUACGGUUGACCGUUAGUUGUAAGUAACCCGCCAAAAUCACCCUGUUUUCUAUGCGCACAUAGAUUCCCUUUUAGUUUUCCUUCAGGUUUUUAUCUUCUUUAAGCAACACACAAAUAUCAACGAAGUUGUGUCAGUGUUUGGAUAAACCCCCCAGUUGGUAGAGUCCUAGAGAGAGAAAGAUCAGAGAGAGAGAGAGAAACAUGGAGGAGGGAAGGAGUAGCAGCAGCAGUACAAAUGGAAAUGGUCUAGGGGAGAAGAAGAAGAAGAAGUUGAUGGUGGCAAUAGACGAGAGCGAGUGCAGCCACUACGCUCUCGAGUGGGCCCUCCAAAACCUCGUUGACACCAUCGCAAACUCCGACCUCUGCAUCUUCACCGUUCAGCCCAUUGCCAAUUACUCCUAUCUCUACGCUUCCUCUUUCGGCGCUGCUCCCGCAGAUUUGGUUCGAUCUUUCCAAGAAAAUCAGCAGAAGUUUUCCCUUGCUCUGCUAGAGAAAGCCAAAGGAAUCUGCAGCAAAUAUGGGAUAGUUGCAGAGACAGUGACAGAAGUUGGAAAUCCAAAAGAGGCCAUAUGUGAAGCAGUGGAAAAGCUUAACAUCCAAUUGCUUGUAUUGGGAAGCCAUAGCCGAGGAGCUCUAAAGAGGGCUUUGCUGGGAAGUGUCAGCAAUUACUGCGCUCACAAUGCCAAAUGCCCGGUUCUUGUUGUGAAGAGGCCUGCUUGAAAGGAUCAUAUUGUGCAAUCUGUGGUGAUCUGCUCUUGGUGUUUUUGUGAUAACCGCUACUGUAUAUGAUUUUCUAUUAGUACUUCCAACCUUCUGUUGUAUGUAAAACAUGUUGUCUGUAGCUGAAGAAGUUGAAUGAAUCCUUUCGUAAACAAAA